CGGGCAAUGCAAUGAGGGUAUAUAUAAUAGUCCACCAUUAAUGUACACCCUCAUCCCAUUUUACCUCCUCGUUUUAGAGGUAAGGUAUGUUGCAUAAACAAAUAUUUGUAUUAUUUCAGAGUAUGCUGUUACAAACGCUUGUGGUGUGUGUCCUAUUUAGGACUGUUAUCCCAAAAUCGCUGCAACGUAAAGAUACGAACAUGGGCAAGAACAACAUCACUUUAGCAGGUGUGUCUACGAAACGCACGCAUUUGGAUCUCAGCUACAUCAACAUGUCAACGAUUUCGUCGGAGGCACUUUCUGGUCUGAAAUCAUUGAAGAGUCUUGAUUUGCAAGGCAAAAAUCUUAAAAUCUUGAAAACAGGACUUUUCAGCGACCUCGUAUCUCUUCAAGAACUUAAUCUUCAGGAAAAUGAGAUAUCAACCAUAGAAACUGCCGCAUUUUCAGGUUUGCUAUCAUUGCA